CGGACGACGUGAUGGGAAGAGCUGUUGUGAAGAUGCAUCAAAUCGGCAUGGCCGUGGCGGGCCUGCUGUGCACAAUUGCCGCCGUGUGGGCGUUCGUGGGCGACAAGUACCAUGACUCGUAUCAGAACAGCGUGGCGCGCGUGUCGUUGCGAGUGUUUCAAAUUGCGCUGUCGUUGGUGCUGUUGAUGACGGCGGGGUUUGGCAUGAAGCAGCCGCUCAAGUGGUUUGGGCUCUUGGACAGCUUUGUUGGAAGCGGACUGUUUGCGAUCUUUCUCGGGUUCUUCACGCUCCAUUUGGACAACGAUUACGGCUUGUACUCGACGAUUGUGAUCAUGGUCGUGGGUGUGCUCAGCAUUUUGUACGGCAUGUUUGUCAAGGACGAGCGCCACGACUACCCGCCGCUGAUGGCUUGAUGGCGCUUGUUGUUAUGAAGACUUAUGUAGCGAACCCACGACGAAUGGAGAAAAAUACAUGGUCUCUCACAUUCAGGACCCUUGGUUACAUCUAUUGAAAUUUGCUGGGGGUCGACGGGUAAAUCUAAAACUCUUGCAUCCACUUG